UAUGAACUUCCAUUUUGAAUCAUCUUUUUUUUUUCAUGAAGGAAAGGAUUGAUAAGGGGUUAGCCGCAAAUCUUACGCAAAUUAUGUUACGUGCUCGCUGGCUUGGCACCGGCUCAGCUGAGCGGCCAUAAUACCGAUAAGCUGAUGUCAAACAGCAUGUCAUGGCCAUGUGUGCACGAGCGUUUCAACGCAGAUCGUAGAUCCUUUCUCCUACGCCUGUCAGUCGGAAAACAGCGGCGUCCGUAUCGCUUUAAAAGUUUCGCGGUCGGAGAUUAUACGCAAACGUGAGAAAAUUCACGGUAAAAAUUCGUUAGUUUCAACGAAGUAUCGAGAAAUCGAUGUAAAUUUCAGAUUGCGACACCGCGAAUCAUAAGGCAAUAACAAUAACAUCAUUCACUGUUUGUUUAAAAAGGAGAUAAUCGAAGCAAUAAUGUAAAGUUGUAAAAGACUCGACGUUAUUUUUAAAAAUUGAUUUAAAAUUCAUCGAAGAUUCUAUCAUUGAAAUUGACCGGAAGUUUUGCUACAUCCUACGCUAAUGAUGCCAAUUUAUGAAUCAAAUGAACAAGAAAUGUAAGAAUGAGGCUCCAUCAAAUUAUACUGAAGAAAUAGAGCGACUAAUUAAUGCUCGCAGUCAAGACAUUAAUGUAUAUGUGUUGAUAAGUGAAUCAAUAUUUCGCUUUGAGUGUUUCUUUGACUAAAUUGAAGAACUUAGUUUUAAUUAGAAAUAAACUCUGCAAAAAUAAUGGAUGUUAUUUAUGCAUAGUGAUAAGAUUAUUGGCCACAUGUUAAAACCGACUCGGAAAAAAUAGAACGGACUAUUUAAAUGUAUAUAAAUGGACGAUUUUAUAAUGCUUGACACGGUUUUUCUGUUGAUAAUUCGUUAUCUUCGUACUUUCAGAUAUAUGUUUCGUGUACGUAUGUGUAAUAAAUAAUUUAACACGAAGAAAAUAAUAUGCAUCGCAAGUAUAUAGGUUGAGUUCAUUAAUGUUAUUUUUCAUAUAUUUUUUAGAUAAAUAUUUUUUAUUCUCUUACUUAUUCCUAGGAUAACAAGAAAAUCGCGUAACAGUUUAAAAUAUAUCCUAAAACUGUAAAAUUGAAUUUAUAUAGAUUUUAUAUAGUCUCACAAUGUAGAAAAUUAGAACGUAAUCAUCAUAAAUUACAAAUAAUUAUUUAAUCAGAAAUUUGUGUUACCAGAUUAGAACAUGUGUCCGAAUGUUCCAAGUGCAAUUUAAUGGUAAUGAAUGUAUUUCUGUGUCUGGGAUUACGUCGAGUUUCCGGCGACGUUGACUCUAUUAGAAUCUCGUUUGACGGGCUAUUCUGUUCACUUGUCAUACUCAAUGUGCGAAGUGAUUACGAAGGAUAAUGUAUCUAUGUAUCAAGUCAUAUCGAAAUCGUGGACUCAUUGUCUAAAUAUCCUAAAUAAGUGUUUUUCAAAUAAGUCAAAAAUCUUCCAGUUGUAUCUAAUAUAAGUGAAUAAACAAGUGUUUGAUAGAAUUGCUUCCGUAACAGAUGCGAAUAACGACGUCGCUUUUCGCAAGGCAAAUUCGCGCGCGCUAAAAUAUCAGUGACUGUUAACGAAAGUGAAAAUCUCCAGGAAAAGAAUGGCAGUGAGACAUUAUGCGCAUCAAUACACGAUGCGAUUAACGGACGAGAAAAACACCGAUGCAAAUGUCAGUAGCGAGAAUAGUGACAUGGAGGAUUAUUAUCCGCUGAUCCACCAUACCAUGAACAGCGCGAUAGUUGAAGUGAAUGCACGUAGGCGAGGAAAAGGAACUGGCUGGGACGAGACGGAUCUCAUGACGAAGAACAAGCAGCGAUAUCGAUGGCGUUUGCUGGUCUGCGGCAUCGUCUUCAUAAUCGUGCUUGCCCUGGUGAUCGCCGCGGCGAUCCUCUUGACCGGCAGCCCGAACUCCAGCGCGUCGAGAACGAACGGCGCACCCGGUAUAUCCCUGGAGGAAUGGCUUUCCGGUUCGUUGUCCCCCAAGAGCUUCAAUGGCACAUGGAUCAGCGGAGACGAGAUCCUCUACCGGGACGAGAUAGGUAAUUUGCUGAUCUACAACGUCAGCUCGGCCACAUCCAAGAUCCUGUUGGAUUCCAACAAUCCUGCUCUGUUGUCGAGCUUUGAUCAUCAAUUAUCCGCCGAUAAGAAGUAUCUGUUGCUCGCCCUCAACUAUCAAAAGCUGUAUCGUCAUACGUACCUGGCCCAUUACAGGAUCGUGAAUCUGGAGACACUGACAGAGACGAUACUGGCGGCGAACGAAUCUACGCCGUUGCAGCUCGCUACCUGGGGGCCACGUGGCAACGCCCUGAUCUACGUUCAUCAGAAUAAUAUUUACUACAGACCGGAGGCAGAAGUGGCCAAUGAUUAUCAGAUAACCAAUACGGGAGUGUUCGGCACUAUUUACAACGGAGUACCGGACUGGGUGUACGAGGAGGAAGUAUUCAGCUCGAAUAAAGCGCUUUGGUUUUCUCCGAGCGGAAACAAAUUAGCCUUCGGCUAUUUCGAUGACUCGAAUACUCCCAUUAUGACCAUACCGUUUUACGGAUAUCCCGGAAGCUUAACUUUUCAAUACACUUCGGCGAUACCAAUCCACUAUCCUAAAAGUGGCACGACGAAUCCAACGAUCAAACUAUUUUGCGUCGAUCUCGAAAUGGUGGUGCAAGGUAACGUGACCUUGGUGGAGAUCGAACAUCCGCCGGAGCUGUCUACCACUGAGAGGAUCCUGUCGGCGGUGGCCUUCCCCACGGACAAUCUCGUGUACGCGACUUGGAUGAACCGCGUGCAAAACGAGGCGUAUUUCCAGCUCUGCGACGUCGACAGCCUGCUGCCAAAUUGCACGGUAGCGCUCUCGUAUAGCGAAAGAGAAGGCUGGGUAGAACAGUUCGAGGCGCCUAUGUUCAACGAGAACGGUACGUCCUUCCUUCUGAUAUUACCGCAGAAACAGAAGAAUGGUAGCAAUUGGCGACACAUUGCGCUCGUUACGAAUGCAACCAGCGGCAAACAGACCACCACCGCCCUCACAUCCGGCUACUUUGUCGUCACGGAGAUAGUAUCGUGGGAUCAAGAAGACUCGUAUCUAUAUUACUUGGCAACUUCGAAACACAAUUCGGCAGUUCAGCAUUUAUAUAGAGUGUCGCUGUUAGAUAUGGACCACAAGUCAGUGUGUUUAACUUGUAACAUUGUCAGAGAGAAGGACGGCAGUCGCUGUUUGUACAAUAGCGCUAUAUUCUCCACUGACAAUUCGCAUUACGUGCUCACUUGUGCUGGCCCUGGAGUACCCGAUAUAACCAUCUACAAUAAGAAUUCCACGUUACUCUUCGUAUGGGAGGACAACAACGCGGUAACUGAGAUAAUAGUCGAAAGAUCGCAGCCAAUCGUCCAAAAAUACAAAAUUCCAGUUCCUGGUGGCUUUAAUGCCCAAGUGAGACUCCUGAUACCACCCGGUGCUGAUUUGAGCGGUUCCACCAAGUAUCCCAUGCUGGUUUACGUGUACGGUGGACCAGACUCGUAUCAGGUGACGGAGAAGUUUAACAUGGACUGGGGCAUGUAUCUUGUAACAAACAAAAGCAUUAUAUAUGCUGCCAUCGACGGCCGCGGCUCUGGAUUAAUGGGCAACGAUAUGCUGUUCGCCGGAUACCGGCAGCUUGGUACCGUCGAAAUUAUCGAUCAGAUUAACGUUACCAGACACCUGCAGGACAAAUUAUCCUUCAUCGAUCGUACAAGAACGGCGAUAUGGGGUUGGAGUUAUGGUGGAUACGCGACCGGCAUGACACUCGCCAUGGAUUUAAAGGGUGUCUUCAAGUGCGGCAUGUCAGUCGCGCCCGUUACAGAUUGGGCCCUUUAUGAUUCGAUUUAUACCGAGCGGUUUAUGGGUUUACCAAUCGUUGCUGAUAAUCUACAGGGUUACGAGCAAGCCCAGUUACUCAACAAAGUCGAAAAUAUUAAAAAUAAGAUGUACUAUUUAAUUCAUGGAACUCUAGACGACAACGUGCACUACCAACAAUCGCUUAUGCUUGCGAAAGUAUUGGAACAGAAAGAUAUCCUUUUCAGACAACAGACUUAUACAGACGAGGACCACGGUAUCGCCCAGUCGCGAGCACAUCUGUACCACUCGCUAGAAAACUUUCUCGACGAAUGCUUUCAGACAUCGUCAUGAUCAGAGCACGGAAUAGUGAUGACAAUCUAGACGCUGUACACACCACCUGCCUCACACUUACCAAUUGUAAAUAAUCUAUCAUGUGUACAGAGUUUAUGUACGAUAUGUAAUAUGAGCGUUUUUAGAAAAUGUACAUAGCGGUGAAAUUGCCGAGGGAGAGUGGGAAAAUGAGAGAAAGAGAAAGAGCGAAAAAAAUGCGACAAGAGGGAGAGAUAGAAUAAUUAGAAACCAGAAUCAAGAAAACUACGCAGGGCAGGUCUGUGAAAAACAUGUUUGAUACGUUUUUUAAGAUACCCGGUCAAACGGUGCAUCGAAGGCCUAAUAACGGCACGGGCUCCGUCGCCUAGCUAUUCACACCCCACAAGGUAUUAGAUCGUAUCAUUGCAGUUCGUACUUAUAUUCGCAGCUUGUUUUAUCUCAGCGUUCUUCGAAUGUCGUAUUAACACGUUUCCCAAUUAUUGUUUCUCGGACGGUCAAAUAAAUCCAUUAUUGACGCGACAGUUCAACUCUAGGUUCAAAUUAUAAGUUCACAGUUUCGCGAUUCGAUUCUGGCAGAAUCUCAUUUGAUAAUAUCUGCCAAUAUUAUUUAAUUUUAUCGAUUUGAUAAAAGAUUUUGUAUCUUGAAAAAAAUUUCGCAUUUUUUACAAUUAGUUUUUUUUUAAUACAUUUGAUCAUUUGGAGUAUCGCGUUCCUUAUUUGAAUUCGUUCAAUUCUUUUACCAUAACCGUGGUCUCUUUGAUACGAUAUUAUUGUUAAAUUAUCAUAUUAGAAUAUUCACAUAUAUGAGUUCAGUUACUACAUUUUGAGACAAGACUUUUUUAACAUUUUUGAAAAAUCUGGUUUUAUAAAACCAGAUUUGAUAUCACAUUUGAAAUGAAAUAGAAAAAGAAUAUUAUUUCCAACGAUCGAUAUAGUUUCAUGUAAUAUUAUAAAAAUUAUAAAAUAUAAAAAAAAGUAUCUUCUAUAUUGAAACGUUUCGAAAAAUAAUACAAUAAAAUGAGUUUUGUAUGAUGUUUUUAAUGUGUUUUAAUAUUUAAGGGAAUAUCACAUAUAAUAAAAAAUAAGAUAUUCCACAAAAUAUAUGGAUAUGCGGUAUUCUUUUUAUUUUUCACAAGCUGAUGAUAUAUAAAUUAUUUUUUCUUUUAUACAAAUAAUUUAUACCUCGAUAUAUUUCUGAUGAUAAAAAUAAAAAAACUGAAGUACAUUAUCGUGUACUGCGUACAUUGUCCGACAAUAAUAUUACCGACGAUAUUCUGAAACAAUUAUUACGGCCUAUUCAACAUGACAUGUAAACUAUUCAUAUUCAUAUUCGAAAAGCAUACGUCAAAUAUUUACAAUGCAACACUUAAAUCUUCGAUAAUAAAUUUAUAAUCGAUAUUUAAACGCGCUAUAAGCAAUUUUAAUUUUUGCAAAACUGAAUUAAAUUUUCUGAACUCAUAUAUGUUAUCUUAAGGCUCUGGAAUACUCAGCAAAAAGUUAAGUAAAGUUCUCAUAAAAGAGAAUAAAUUAAUAUCGUUUAUUAUAUACGAUAUUAAUGAUUGCUAAUGUUAUAUAAUUACACCGUUGUGCUAAUCGAAAGAUAAAAUAAGAAUAUUGUAAAAGCACAAAUUUGCCAAUUGAACUCUACAACAUUCGCCGACAAUGUAACCAAUUAAUGUAUAAUAUAAACAACAAACUUUUGCAUAAAAAAUGGAAUUGCGCCACUUAAUUUUUAAAAUGUAUUUAGAGAGGACUGUUUUUAAAGCGUUAUAUAUUUUCAAGGCACUGUUUUACGAUCAACUAUUGUGACAUUAUUAAUAUAUAACGUAAUUUUGAAGAAAGUGUGACAACACAAAACGCGGUAUCGUAACUGAUGAAAAUUAUAUGCAAAAUAGUAACCAAGUUAUGCUUUCAGAAUCGAAAAUAUACGUAAAUGUAACGUUUUGUAACAAUCUAUAGUUAGAUAACUAUAGAUAUUAUUUUUAGUAUCUCGAUAAAUUGUUGCACGGUUUAAGAAAGAGCUAUUUCAUUAUAAAAAUAUGUACAAAGACAUUUCCAAAAGAAAAGAGAACGUAUAAUAAAGAUAUAUAAUAUUAUAUGUACAGAUUAUUAAAACAUAUAUGUUUUUUAUAAGACAUAUGUAUUACAUGCUGUCGAAUAUUGGGAAGCGUGAGCAUCACGUUUGAUAACAGCGUUGUAAAAAUAUUAAUUCUAAUAUUACUUUAAUACAUAGAUUAAUAGGAAUACGCGCUUUCAACGCGAGAUACGUAGAAAUAAUAUAAAAUCCUAUCUUUUUAGAUCUUUUGGAAUCUAUCUUACCAUGGCAAAAAUUCUGUUGUCAAGAUUAUGGAUAUCAAAUGCUGCUAAUAUCAAAUAUAUAUUGAACAUUGAUAAAAUCAACACAUAAUUAAGUAACUUGAAAUUAAUUUAAAAUAUUUCGCGGUUCUCUCUCUUCGCUUUCAUUCUCCAUAUUUAAAAGUAUCAUAAUAAAAUCAAGGUAAAAUCGAUUCAAACUUUCUUCAAAGAUAGGCAGAUUUCAAGAGAGAGCAAGCUGUUUAAAAAUUUUUGAUGUGUUUUAAAAUUUGUUUGGAGGAACAAGAAUUUUUCACGCGUUCCAUAUAUGUGUCGAAUUAAAUAUUUUAGUUAUAGAUAUAAAUUUUAUUUUCCUAUAUUUUAAUGUUUGUGCUGUGGGUAUACCAGAGUAUUAAGAAAGUGCAAUUACAUCACUUUAUAUAUCAUAUUUGUGUAUUUCUAUAGUUUAUAUAAGAACUAAAUACUAACUUUAGGCAGCAAUUAGUUUACCGAGACAUCUCUUUUCCUUAAAAUGAUAUAUCAUAUCUAUUUCUUAUUAUUAUUAGAUUAUGGGCAAAUAUUAGUGCCAAUGUGUAAAUGCACACAUAAGUAAGAAACUAUCGACAAAUUCUCUGACUAUUAAAGUUUUUUAAUACAAGGACCACUGUAACGAUUUCAAGAGUGGAUCAAGAUGAAUUUAUUAAAAUAAUUGUUAACUUUUAUCCUGACACACGUGUUGUACAUAGAGAAUUACUUAAUUAAACACUUAAAUAAGAUAACAAAGCAUUGUUAGAAAGAAGAUAUUGUAAUAAUGACCCAGUAGAGUUAUAAAAUUAUGACGGAUGUAUUCUCUUUCACCACUAUUUGUUGAGUGUAUUAUAAAUAAAGCUCUAUGUUUUAUUAAGA